AUGAACAAAGUAGAAGCACUUAUACGAAUACGCCCUUUAUCGCCCGAAGAGAAGAGCACCGGGGUAAAGCAGGGGUGGUACAAGCUGGGAGAUAGAGGCAUUAUCCAGCACUUAAACAGCUAUGGACAGGAAGUAUCCGCGCAGACUCUACUAUUUGAUUGGGUUUUUGAUGAGGAGUCAAAAAAUGAAGAUCUAUUUACUCAUAUAAACAGUACAGUAGAUGAGUCUCUGUAUGGUGUAAACGUGUGCGUAAUUGCGUAUGGCCAGACGUCUUCUGGGAAAACCCAUACAAUGAAGGGAAUCCUGCCAGAGAACUACUAUGCAGAGCCAAGUGAGAACAGAAAUGAGAAUGUACACAGUUCUAUGAACAUGGCAAGAAAUGGGACAGGAUGUGUUUCUGAUCCUGGUAUAAUUCCUAAAUCACUUAAUUGGAUAUUUAGUAAAAAAACUCAGCACAGAAUAAGCCUGUCAUAUGUUGAAGUGUACAAUGAGAACAUAUACGAUUUACUAGGCGAUCCGUCCGAACCACUUCAGAUACGAGAGUCUGCAGAUGGGGAUGUAUACAUUAAAGAUGUUUCUGAGAUAGAAGUGUUUACAAAGAACGAGGCUGCAGAACUAUUCAGAAAGGGAAAUUCAAUUAGAAAAGUCUCUGCAACCAGAAUGAAUAGGGAAAGCAGUCGGAGUCAUGCAGUUUUAAAGCUUACAAUUAGGCUAAAAGGAGUGCGGUCUUCUUUGGUUUUUGUUGACCUUGCUGGGUCAGAGAGGGUCAGCUCUGCGCGUACCUCUGGCACUACACUUAAAGAGGGCGCAUGCAUUAACAAAAGCCUUUUGGCUCUAACGAGCGUUAUUUCAAAACUUUCCAAAAAGCAAGCACAUAUUCCUUAUCGAGAUGCCAAACUAACCAGAUUGCUUCAGCCUUCUUUUUCUGGUUCUUCAAAGACGGUUCUGAUUUGUGCUAUUUCGCCCACGCCUAGCUGUAUUGAUGAGACUAUUUCUACUCUUUCACUAGCAAGCAGGGCCAGAAACAUAGAAAUCAAGCCCACCCAGAAGCCGCAAGUAAGGAAAGAAUCAAAAGACUCAAAAGUAUCAUAUAUAAAGAUGAAAGAGAUAACUAGCGUAUUAGACCUGGCUAAAAAUCAGAUUAGAGACAUUAAAGAAGGCAUCAACCAGGUAAAUUCACUAGUGUUUAAUAUUUGCCAACAGGCGAGCUUAUCACUGAAUAGCCAGCAGAUACGGCUGAGCACUUUGAAUUCUAUUCUUAAAGAAAUCAGAAGAGAGAAGGAAGAAAGCGUGGAUAAGCUUUCUCUUCUGUCCAAUUCUGUCCAAUAUUUGCUUAAACAGGAAGAGCACAUCUCGCAAAGUCUUAAGCCAGCGCCAGAUGCAGUAAUUCUUUUAGAGCACCUGGCAGAGGGCGAUGCUAUAAUACAGCAGCAGAGAGCUCAAAUAGAACAGCUUAAGAACAGCAAGUAUAUUAACGAAACCAAUAUUUCCAUGGCACUAGAAAUAGACAGACUAAAGAAAGCAAAUGAGAGAGAGAAAAGAAUUAUGCAGCUGGAAAUAGCUCAGUUAAAAUCCCAGAUAAGAUCACUAUCGCCAUCUGACAUGGCAGACUGA